AGCCAUAACAGCAAGCAGUUCAGCUUGUUGUGCUGAAAUAGCUCCUGUGUUAAGAACACAUUCUCUGCGUCCUGUAUAUGCUGCUCGGCCAUUAGAGGAAGCAUCAGUGAAAACCGUGACAGCUUCAGCUUCUUCUCACAGAUCGAACAUCUCGUGACCACUCACAUCCUGUCAGACAAAGCAAGUCUCAAUCACCAUAGGUGUUACACUUCUCCCAGUUGAGGCAUCAUUAAAAUCCAGAGCCAAAGGUGGAGAAGACUGAUCCUCCUAAAGGCAAUACAAGAGUUAAUAAAUAAGUGGAAAAAUUUAUCUACCUGGGAGAAAAACAGACAUGCAAGCAUUUUAUACUUCAGUAUACAUUAAAUGUAUAUGAAUUAUAUGCUAUCACCUAGAAGCAAGGAAGAUAAGAGUUCCGUGAAGAGUUGGAGGAGCUCCUGGAAGAUUAGGUGGAUAAUUUGAUACACCAGGAAACAUCAGCUUUACAGAUAUUCUCAAAAGUAGAAGAUAGUUAAAGAGUCAGACAUAUCUACUGGUCCUGGAAGGAGGUCUCCAUGAUCACAACUUGCUGUCUCCUCAAAGCAGGACAAUGCUAGACUGUAGCAAGAAACCUUUCUGGUCUCACAAUGAGCAGAGUAAUUGGGAAACUGGGACAUGGUCCAAAUAUCUGCUAUCCAUUGAACACCUGCUCUGUGCCAAGUAACUUCCAAUGAGCUUUGAAGUGUUACUUCCUUCUCACCUAAACUUCAUAAGGUAAGUGGAACUUCUAGAAAUUUCAUUUCCUGUCAUUCCAUAAGUAUUCAAGAUGUACGUGUAAGUAAACUCGACUAUGCAAAAGCUGAGCUACCAAGUCCAACAUUUGACCUCCUAAAUCAGACAUAAGGAGCAUGGCAGGAUUCUUGGUAGAAAAAGCCUCAAAAUGUGUACAUUUGACUCUAACACUGGACCACAGCCUUGAUCCCCAAAGAGUGUUCCGCAGAACAGGAUGAAUAGCAUCAAGGCCAACAGGAAAACAGUCACAAGAACAGAAUGUUGAGACUAGCCCUAGAUGUCUGAAAUUAGAAUCGACAUUUGAACAAGAACCCUUGGUGAUUCAUACAUACAAUGAAAUUAGGGAAGUUCUGGACUGGAAUAGUCUCAGCCUCCCCAGUGUCCACAUUUGUUUGCAUUAAUUCUUUCUGCUGUGGGCUGUCCUGUGCAUUGUAGGAUGUUGAGCAGCUUCCCUGGCUUCAAUCCACAAUGUGCCGGUAGCCCUUCCCCACAUGUGACAACCAAAAGUGUAUCCAAACAUUUCCUAAUAUUCCUGGAGCACAAACACCCCUGGCUGAAAAUCAGCAACCUGGCCCGGUACAGUGGCUCACACCUGUAAUCCCAGUGCUUUGGGAGGCUGAGGUGGGUGGAUCAUUUGAGGUCAGGAGUUGGAGACCAUUCUACCCAACAUGGUGAAACCCUGUCUCUUCUAAAAAUACAAAAAUUACCCAGGCAUGGUGACACGUGCCUGUAAUCCUACCUACCCUGGAGGCUGAGGCAGGAGAACUACUUGAACCCAGGAGGCAGAGACUGUGGUGAGCAGAGAUCACACCAUUGCACUCUAGCCUGGGUGACAAGAGUGAAACUCUGUCUCAAAAAAAAAAAAAAAAAAAAAGGAAAAAAGGAAAGAAAAGAAAAGUCAGUAACAUAAAUGUGACAACUGGAAACAUCUGGAUGGCAUUCUGAUCAAAUCCCUUCCCUUACUUGGUUCAUAACUUUGGGCAGGUCACUAACUCACCUUAACCAAAAUCCCGAAAAUGCAGAAAGAGGCGCCUAAUUGUUUGACCUCAUAGAACGAAGAUGUAUAAAAAAAGAGACACAUUACAUGUGAUAUUAAAUGAGACAAACCAUAUAAGAUUCUAACUUAUUCCAUGAUGUCUACAAAGUUUUAAGUAUAUCUCUUAUGAUUACCAAAUCUUUUUUAAAGAAAGGACUGAAUGAUAAGUUGUACUUUGAUGCUUGUGUGUUUACAAGCAAGAAACUCCUCAUUACUUUGUGAAAAGCAUCAGGAAGCCAAGGACUAUAGUAAAUACCCGUGGCUUUAUGACAAAUAAACACAGUUCUUUCCCUUUUGAUGAGGAAAGAGCAAUGGUCUGGAGAUGUCAACAACUGCGUUCCAAACACAAGUCAAUGAUUUGAAUAUCUAAGGGAUCUAGUAAAGACCACAUACUCAGCCUUACACUUUGGAUAACAUUUUAAUUGAGGGCUGGGAAAAGGUGCAAUGGCACUUAGACCUCUGGAAGGCACAGAAUUCAAAAAGAAGGAGUAAUGAAGACUGGAUUCACAUGACUUCUAACUUGAUUCUCUUGGGAACAGAGAAUCAGCAGGAAAUUGUUCUUUCUUUCCACAUCAGUGUUCCACAGGGAAAUCAGGUGCUCCAGGCUUAGAGUAACAACAGGGAAAUAUAUCUCGCUAGCAGAUAUUAGGAACUGUAAAUAUUUCAUCUGCUGUUUUCCCUGGGAUUAGACAACCCUGGGCUGGAUGGGAUGUGGUUGAUUCUUUUGUAGUCCUAAGUCUGGCCACGGGGCUGAUGCUUAACUCUGCCCUUCUGUCUAUCUGGAGACAGAGCUUCAGUCUCCAUCAUCAACUACCCAGGGAGGAAUUUAAACUUCCACACAGAGACCUUCAUCUCUGAGACCCCAUACAGGUGAGUCUGAGACCCCCAGAAAGUACUGCAGGAAAUGUUCAAAGAGAAUGGAAGCCAAGAACGUUUACCUGAGGUCACCUAGUACCAAGCCAGGCUGGAGUGCAAUCGUGAGAUCUUGGCUCACUCCAACCUUCACCUCCCAGGUUCAAGCAAUUCUCCCACCUCAGCCUCCCGAGCAACUGGGAUUGCAGUCACAUCAACAAGAUGAAACGAAGGAAUGAGACACAAAUUUCACAAUUCCUUCUUCUUGGACUUUCAGAGGAACCAGAAUUGCAGCCCUUCCUCUUUGGGCUGUUCCUGUCCAUGUACCUGGUCACUGUGCUCGGGAACCUGCUCAUCAUCCUGGCCACAAUCUCAGACUCCCACCUCCACACCCCCAUGUACUUCUUCCUCUCCAACCUGUCCUUUGCAGACAUCUGUUUUGUGUCUACCACUGUCCCGAAGAUGCUGGUGAAUAUCCAGACACAGAGCAGAGUCAUCAGCUAUGCAGGCUGCAUCACCCAGAUGUGCUUUUUCCUAUUCUUUGCAGGACUAGAUAUCUUCAUGCUGACUGUGAUGGCCUAUGACCGGUUUGUGGCCAUCUGUCACCCCCUGCACUACACGGUCACCAUGAACCCCAGACUCUGUGCACUGCUGGUUCUGGCAUCCUGGAUCAUGGGUGCCCUGAAUUCCUCGUUUCAAAGCUUAAUAGUGCUGCAGCUUUCCUUCUGUGCAGACUUGGAAAUCCCCCACUUUUUUUGUGAACUUAAUCAGGUCAUCCACCUUGCCUGUUCUGACACUUUUCUUAAUGACAUAGUGAUGUAUUUUUCAGUAGCACUGCUGGGCGGUGGUCCCCUUGCUGGGAUCCUGUACUCUUACUCUAAGAUCGUUUCCUCCAUACGUACAAUCUCAUCAGCUCAGGGGAAGUACAAGGCAUUUUCCACCUGUGCAUCUCACCUCUCAGUUGUCUCCUUAUUUUACGGUACAAGCCUAGGUGUGUACCUCAGUUCUUCUGCAACCCACAACUCACACUCAAGUGCUGCAGCCUCAGUGAUGUACACUGUGGUCACCCCCAUGCUGAACCCCUUCAUCUACAGUCUGAGGAAUAAAGACAUAAAGGGGGCUCUGACACAAUUCUUCAGAGGGAAACAAUAAACGAGCUGUUUUCGAGAAGGGCCUGUGAUGCCAGAGCUCUAAGACCCAGACCCAGAAACUGUGAUUUAUUAAUCAGAUAGUGGGAGUAGCAAUGGCUCCUUCUAUUAAUUUCUCGGAUGUUCAAAUUCUGUGAUCUUACCUGGUUUGUAAAAUAUACGCAUUUUCUUUAAGAA